ACGACAUUGCUCAUUCACCUCCGACCCCUAAAGUCUUUCCAACUUGGUGGGUGGGGAAGCUUUUCCCCAGCAGCACUCCGUGGUGUUGCAUUCAAGCAGAACAUUUUUUUAAAAAACACAUACAUGCGACUCUAAGUAAAUCCCUCCCCCUUUAAUCCUCCCAGACUGAUCUCAUUGCGACUAAUUAACCCAACUCCGCCCAUUAAAACAUGCUCACACAGAAACACACACACAACCACACACAUACGCAUCUACCACUUCCGCAUGUCAGUUUCGCAGCGCCCAUCACUUCCCGCAUGCGCAGGCGCCGCUUGAUGUUGCAACCGCAAUGUAGCGAGCGUCGUCCGAGUCACGUGACGGAGCCCAGCUGAUGUGAAGAUGGAAAGUGGCAGCGGCAGCGGCAGCAGCAACGGCGGCGGCGGCGGCGGUAGUAGAGCAUUUCGGAGAGGAAUGGGAGACAUUGGUUUUUGGGCUGACCAUACACCUGUGCAUGAAGCAGUCAAAGAAGGCGAGAUCUUUAAACUGAAGCAAUUGAUUGAAAAUGGUGCUUGCGUGAAUUUACUUACUGUAGACUCCAUAACCCCAUUGCACGAGGCGAGUCUGCGGGGGCAAAUCCAAUGCGUACAAAUGCUGCUUGCUGCAGGAGCACAGGUUGAUGCCAGGAACAUUGACGGGAGUACACCACUUUGUGAUGCAUGUGCAGCGGGCAGCAUUGAAUGUGUCAAGUUACUGUUGAACCACGGAGCAAAGGUGAACCCACUCUUCUUCGCCGCAUCACCGUUGCAUGAAGCCUGCAUGAUUGGUAGUGCAGAAUGCAUGAAACUGCUCAUCGACGUCGGCGCAAAUCUGGAGGCUUACGACUGCCACUUUGGAACCCCGUUACACGUGGCUUGUGCAAGGCCACAUAUCGACUGUGCAAAGCUGUUGCUGAGCUCAGGGGCGAAUGUGAACAGUGCUAAGCUCCACGAAACGGCACUUCACCUUGCAGCCAAGGCGAAGAAUGUAGAUUUGAUAAAAAUGCUAAUCGACUAUGGAGCCAACGUUUAUGCACAGGACAACCGAGGGAGGAUGCCUCUGGACUAUACACAAUCUGGAUCGCCGUCCUCAGAGUGCUUGGAGUACUACCAGAGAAUGCUUGCAUUGAAAUGCCCAUGGAAGAAAGGCUUAUUUAGACUCAUUCUCACCCAUCUGCUCGUGCAUCAAUCUGAUGGGGGUGAGGGAUUGGACAGAAACCAUUCGAUCGCAUCCGCUCCUGGCUGACUUCUGCCCACUGCUAGCAGUGGGGGAGGCAAAGAUGAGUCCAUGAGGUGAACGUGUUCAAAUACUUUCCCUCAAUUUUCAGGCUGAUUCCAGGAUAUUGGCAGACCAUCUGGUCCACGGGGCUCUGGUGCAAACCCUAACACUUUUGUUUUCGCUGUUGGAAUUUUCCAAUGGACCAAUGAAGAGGAGAGUAAGGUGGAAGGUCAGAAGCUGAGCUGGAUAGAGUGAACAAUCUUUUCAUUAUGUUGUUGCCCUGUCUUAAACAGACCUCAAAACAAUGGAAAGUGCUUUGUAAUUGUUUUCUGUUAAUAGGUGAGUAGGUCCAAGAAAUAGAAGCUCAUAAUGUUCUCUGCCCUUGUCACAGCGAUGAGCUGUCAACUUUUUAAAUGCUGCUGUUCUUUGUGAUUAUGUGCAAUGAGAACAUUUGGAGAUAACCGAGCGUUCGCCAGUUAUCAUUUACAGUCCCCGUGUCAAACUCUGUUCCUUAGCCACCAACUCCAUCCAUCUCCAUGGCAACAGUCUGAGUUUAAACCAGUCAGUUCACCACCUUGGUGUGACGCACUUGACCUCGAGAUAGUUUCUAACCUCAUAUUCACCCCAUCACUAAGGCUGCCUAUUUUCAUCUCCGUGACAUUGCCCAACUUCGCCCCUGUCUGAGCUUGUCUGCUGCUGACACCUUCAUUCAUGCCUUCGUUACCUCUAGACUUGAUGGUUCCAAUUCACUCCUGGCUGGUCUCCCACAUUCUACCAUCCAUAAGUUUGAGGUCAUCUAAAACUCUGCCGCCCAUGUCUUAAAUUGCAUCGAGACCCAUUCCCCUGACACCCUUGUGCUCAAUGACCUACAUUAGCUCCCAAUCAAGCCAUGUCUUGACUUUAAAAUUCUCAUCUUUGUUUUCAAAUCCCUCCACAGCCCCUGCCUAUCUCUGCAAUGUCUUCCAGCUCCUUAGCCUUCUGAGAUAUCUGCUGUCCUCUAAUUCUGGCCUCUUGAGCAUCCCUGAUUUUAAUUACUUUACCUUUGGUGGCUGCGCCUUCAGGUUCCUGGGUCCUAAGCUUUGGAAUUCCCACCCUACAGCUGUCUGUCCCUCUGCCUCACUUUCCUCCUUUUAAGAUGCUCCUUAAAACCUACCUCUUGGAUGAAGCUUUUUGUUAUUUGACCUAAUAUCCCCUCAUGUAACUCACUGUCGUACUUAGUUUAAUAAUGCCCCUGUGAAGCAUUUUGGGAGAUUUUUGUUACAUUAAAGGUGCUAUAUUUAUAUAAGUUGUUGUUAUAAGCACAACUAGGUGGAAAGUAACUCUGCCACCCUGUCCUAAUGAUGUACCUUAACUCCAAAUUGCAACAAUUCUCCUCUGCUACUCUAGGUUAUAUCCAGCUGGGUAGAAUGUUAUGGACAAGCCUUUUUCAAGAGGAAGAAAUUAUUUUUGUCUUUAAAAUAGAAUUUGCAUUAGCAAUUUUAAUUUUAAGAGUGGGAAUAAAGCUUCUGCAUCAUUACAUUAAUUGUGUGCAGAAAAAGGAUAUUUUCUCUGUAAAGUAUGUAAAUAUCUUGUCGCUCAAGGUGUUUAGGCAUUGCUAUGACAUCACCAUUAAAAUGCAUGUCUGCAAAACAGUGAA